AAGGAACUAAAAACCCUAGAUAUUACGAUGAGAAUGAGACGGACAUAAUUCUGCAAAAUAAAACCCUAGCUCCAUCCCUCCAUCUUCCUUCUCUUCUAGUCUCGGGUGGCGGUAUCCGGUGCUACAGUUAUUGUGCGUUUGAUUAGAUUGAAGAAUGGCGGAAAAGGAGAAUCAGCAGCUAAAUUACAUAGAGGAGACUGUGUUAAAGAAAAGGAAACACAGUGAGGAGUGGGCUAUCAGAAGGAGGCAGCAAUUGUUAGAGAGGCAAUGGAAAAUCAAAGAAAACAAGAAGCUUGCUUUUAAGAGACCUGAGGAUUACAUCAAGGAAUACAGAAGUAAAGAACUGGAUUUGGUCAAGAUGAAACAGAGAGUAAAGAGGAGGAAAAUAUCCAUGACACCGUCAUCGCAUUUACUGUUUGUUAUCAGAAUACAAGGUAAAAAACCCCUUCACCCACAAAUUCAGAAGAUUUUGAAGUCCUUUGGGUUAAGGAGGAUAUGCAGCGGUGUUUUUCUAAAAGCAACACAAGGGACUUUAGAGAUGCUGGAAAAGGUGGAGCCAUAUGUAACUUACGGGUAUCCAAGUCUUAAGAAUGUGAGGGACCUCAUCUAUAAGAAGGGUCUCGCGAAGUUGGAGAAGGAAAAGGUUCCGCUGACAGACAAUAACAUCAUUGAGCAGGCACUGGGCAAGCAUGGUAUUCUAUGUCUCGAGGAUGUGGUUCACGAAAUUUUCUCUGUUGGCCGACAUUUCAAGGAUGUAACUCGUUUUCUAUGGCCCUUUUCCCUUGCCAAGCCCGAAGGUGGAUUCCUAGGCAAGAAAAAUUCAUUUAAGAAUGGGGGAGACUCAGGAAAUCGCGAGGAACAUAUAAAUGAGUUGAUUGCUAAGAUGACUUAGGCUUCCCAUAGUAUGCGUAUUUAGAAUUGAGAAUUGUUGUAAUAGCUAGCAUGUACUAAACAUUUUGUUUUUUGGAAAUGGAGAGUUUUUGUUUGGAGA